GAGCCUGUGCUUUCCUGCCUGCUUUCUCUUUGCUUUCUGGCUCAUCUUGGGACAGAGGCUCAUACCAGAGGAAGAUCUUCAUGUCAGUGAUGGAAAAAUAUGAGACUGUUUCCUGGAUCCCCCAGCAGGAACUGGAAGAUCCAUUCAAGAAAUACCCGAACAGCACCGAGGACUACCUGACCUUGCUCUGCGGGCCUCAGCGCAGCCACCUUUUCCUCCCUGUGACUGUGGUGUAUGCACUGAUUUUCGUGGUUGGGGUGGCUGGCAAUCUCCUGGUGUGCCUGGUGAUUCUUCGGCACCAGACUAUGAAGACACCCACCAACUACUACCUCUUCAGCUUGGCAGUGUCCGACCUCCUCGUCCUGCUCCUUGGGAUGCCCCUGGAAGUGUAUGAGAUGUGGCGCAACUACCCCUUCCUGUUUGGGCCCGUGGGCUGCUACUUCAAGACGGCCCUCUUUGAAACCGUGUGCUUCGCCUCCAUCCUCAGUGUCACCACGGUCAGCGUGGAGCGCUACGUGGCCAUCCUCCAUCCUUUCCGCGCCAAGCUGGAGAGCACCAGGCGUCGGGCCCUCAGGGUCCUCUGCGUCGUCUGGGCCUUCUCUGUUCUCUUCUCUCUGCCCAACACCAGCAUCCACGGCAUCAAGCUCCACUACUUCCCCAACGGGUCCUUGGUCCCGGGCUCUGCCACCUGUACCGUCAUCAAGCCCAUGUGGAUCUAUAAUUUCAUCAUCCAGGUCACCUCCUUCCUCUUCUACGUCCUCCCCAUGAGCGUCAUCAGCGUCCUCUACUACCUCAUGGGGCUCAGACUAAAGAAAGACCAACCCCUUGAGGCAGAUGAAGUGACUGCAAAUAUUCAACGACCCUCCAGAAAAUCAGUCACCAAAAUGCUGUUUGUCUUGGUCUUAGUGUUUGCUAUCUGUUGGACCCCAUUCCACAUUGAUCGACUCUUCUUCAGCUUUGUGGAGGAGUGGACUGAAUCGCUGGCUACUGUGUUCAAUCUCAUCCACGUGGUGUCAGGUGUCUUCUUCUACCUGAGCUCAGCUGUCAACCCCAUUAUCUAUAACCUACUCUCGCACCGCUUCCGAGCAGCCUUCCGGAAUGUGAUCUCUCCAUCCUGCAAACUGUGGUCCUCCCAGCAUAACCCAAAGGGGCCACCUGCCCAGCGUAACAUCUUCGUGACAGAGUGUCACCUUGUGGAGCUGACAGAAGAGGCGAGUCCCCAGUUCCCUUGUGAGCCGUCCAUCUGCAGCUCUCACCUUCCCACAACCCUCUGUACUGCACAGGUACCAUGAAAGGAACUCUCAAGAGUCGACAUGCUUCUCUGCCUCCGCACUGCAGGGAGGGACAGCCCAUAAUUUAUGCCUUCUUAUAUGAGACUGGGGCAGUGGGGGGUGAAAUGGCUCUUAGAAUGUAUAUACCCAUUUCUAGGUUUAUUUAAACAAAAGUGGCAAUUGCUACUAAAGUCUGGAUCUAAAACCCAGAACCUCCUGAUUUGUAACAGCCUUGUUAAAACCCUUCACUAGUUUAUGAAGAGAACAUGAUUAGUGAAGCAUGGCACCUGUGCUUUGAGUAUUUUCCACUAAUGGGAAUGGUUUGUCCUGAGUCAUCCACACCCUGAGUCAGGCUGUCACUCUUACAACUAAUGGUCCCUGUCAGCCACAGCAGGGAGACAUGUAGAUGUGGUUUCCUUUGUAUGAUUUAAAGGGUCCCUGCCAGUGUUUCUCCACAGCAAACUACUUACCCUGCUGCCUCACAUUCUGUUGUUAUAAUGUGACUCUUUAGAGUUCUGAAGCCUUUUUACUUUAAUAGUCCUCCUGAUAACACGGGAAUGCUCUUUACAACUAUUCCCACUGUCCCAAUCCCCAACUUCUUGUCAGUCAUUCCUCACCAGGAAUGAGAUCAGAUACAAGUUCUACGCGUACUUAGAGACAAACGGGAAGAGAGAGAAGGCUGUGACGGAAAGUCAAAAGAGACGUAAUUUAUACCAAACACCAACUUAGUUGUUUUCACACUUUGGUCUAGACUUGGAUUUCUAAAAUCUUACUUCAUAAAUAGAAGUGUGUUCUACUAUCUUGGAAAAACAAAAAAAAAAGACAAGUUAAAUGGUAACUACUGCUCAAACCCAUGAUUUUCAGCUACUCAAUCCUUCAUUACCUAUACAACACUCUUCACACAUGUAAUACAGGCACCAUCUACUUUCCAGACUCAUCUUCCAUUAUAUCAUCUCAAGUAAUGUAAUAGAUAGUCUGUUCAAACUGUAUUACUUCUUCUUAUGAAAAUACGCCCAGUUUUCCCAGCUGCACAGAUUUGCUUAUAGAAUGCCUCUUUAUCUCGUCUCUACCUGUUGCUAUCCUGUCCAUCCUUCAACAUCCAUCUGAAUGGGGUACCUCUGCCACGAAACUUUGCUUGAUUUAUUCAAAUAGAUGUGGUAUCUUAGUUCUCUGUCAGUUUAUGUCUCUUAAGUGUUUUCUUCACUGAUUUGUAUUUCAGUGAUUUAUACUCUUGCUUUGCCAGAAUGUAAAUUUAUCAAAGGCAUGAGGUAUCUUGUGUUCAUUUUUGCUGUUGCUGGAAUUUUGGCACUAUAUCUAUUACGAUGGUAGAUGUUCAAUAAAUAUGUGGAAAGUGAGUUCACUUCAUAUUCCAGUGUACUGAGCCAAACAAUAGCUCCAAACAGAACCAUGGUAAGAACCAGAAGAUUCUGUUUCUGACACGGAUAACUGACCUUUGGUAGGCCAUUUAAUCAGCAGAGAUUAUAAUGGCCUGUGGUACAAGAAGGUACCUCCCAAUUCUAGGGUUUACAGGUGCUGAAACAUGCAUAUUCCAGCGUUUAGUCUCUGAAUUUUCCCUAAAUCGAAUGAGCCAUCCUAUUGAUAAAUAGAGGUCUUGGUCUCUGACGUCACCAUUUCCUAACUGAACAGGCAUCUUCAAAGUGAUUCAAUAUAUGUUUUUUAAUCUCUUUGCUAAUUACAAGCCGACUUAAUGAAUCAGAAUUCUCCAGUGAUGGUUUAUGUUAGUGAGUAGAAUUCUCUGGCCAUUUGUGAACUCAGUUGAAAAGACUCAGAAAAACAAACCCUCAGAAACGGAGGAGAGAGGAGUUUAUCCUUCCUGCCUUUUAAAGUAGAGACAUUCUUUUUUUCUUUAACAUUUUUUUUAUUAGUUUUAGGUGUACAAAACAAUGUAAUAGACAUUUAUCA